AUGUCAAGAGGUGAGCUUUCUGAUCAAGGGGAUUCCCCUACUAGCACAAGGUGCGAAAGUAUCCAGUUGUCUUCAAACUUCGUUACGACAUGUCCACUUUUUAAUCUUAACUUCUUGCGUGGACCACAUUCCUCUGUUACCCCAUCUUCGCGAUCCAGCAGGUUAUCCAGUGGAUGCUAUUCUCUUGACACAGACAGUGGACAGAUGACUAAACCCACAAGCUGCGACAAGGCUACACAGACUCCAAGCCCAACCUGCCAAGCCAUCUACCAUGCACAGCACGCCUUGGCACAAGCACAGCGUUUACAGAUUCGUGAAAGGAUCCAACCCAGCACUGGAAUCCAGGAAAGCUCUCCAUCAGUGCCCAUGGACGUGCAGCCCGAGGUAUGGAUCGGACAAGAGCUGCGGAGAAUUGGUGAUGAGUUCAAUUCUCAUUACCAAACAGGAAGGCUGAGAGGAGGAGACAGUCUUGAGAUGCAGACUUUUCCAUUGCUGCAGUCAGUGGCUGAUGGAGUUGUGCCUAAGCAGGAUGAGAUUAAUCUACCGAACAGUAAUGUUUCCCAUAUUCUUUGCUGUCUUUCCUCCAUUUUGGGGCGAGAAAUCACAGACCACCAAAUAACCAGAAUGGAAAUUUUUGGCACCGGAUAAACUUACUGUACAGGCGAAGGAUCAACGGUUUGUGACCGAUACACUCUUCAGUCUAACUCCUGAAAGAAAACCCAGCAAAUAUGUAGCCCUGCCAUUUAAAGACAGACUGGAUGGCUGAAGGUUUCAGCAGUUUCAAUUCUUGCUUUUACUUUGAACAGAAAUCAAAGCUUCUCUUUUUCUUGUCUGUGUGUAUAUUUUGGCAUUAACGUGUAGUAAUCUGAUGGAAUGGACAUCAACUCAGUGGCUGAACCACCGCUAGUCCCCGAAGUUCACUGGAAGACGGCAAUGGGUAUGGAUCUCUCGUCAGGUGAAACCGUCGGAACAGUUCAGCGGUGAAUUAAUUUUGAGCCCAUGUAUUCCACAAGUGUUUCCUGCAAUUAUUGGAACCUGAGCCAGAAAAUAUCAAGAGCUGCCUUACGUUUCCCCCAAAACACAAUCAAAUACAAUCUGAAUUGUUUUCAUAACACACCCUUUUUUAUAUAACAAGAAAAUGAUGUUCAUCCCCUGCAGCCCUGAGAUGAAUAGAAAUGUAUAUGUGUAAGUUAUUUUGAACUGACUUAUUUAUUAGAUGUAGAGCAUCUCGCGUGUUUUUUCAGUUUGUUUCCUCCCGUCUUCUCCCCUCCCUCUGUAAUCCAUUGCCAAACUGAUCUAUAACGUAUUCUGUCUGCAACUUUUUUUUCCCCCAUGCUGUUAAUUCUGCUUAAAGUUAUUUAAUUUCAGUUCAAUUUGCGUAGUGUUUUCAUACGCUGUAUAGGACUCAGUAUAUAUGUAGCAAAUGUUUAAGUAAUUCCCCACUAUCUCCAUCUUCCCACUGCUCCCAACCCUUUGUUUUUUUUUCUCCAGUUUUGAUUUGAUUUUUCUUCCUUGCACUGAUGUCUGAAGGGGAAUUGACAAUUUUUAACUGUGCAAUACUGCUGUACAUAGCUACAGGAUUUUAUGUACAAAAAUAUUUUGUGUCUUGAAACUUGUCUAAUUUUGAAGUAAAAUCUUUUUCUUACAAUAAAUUUGCUGAAAAUCAAA